AUGGAGAAAUAUAAAGAUCACUGUAAUGGAAUAACUACGUUAAAUGGAACUUACAAAGGGGUCAGUAAUCUGUGUAUGAAGCUUGCAAGAAAUUUAACAAAUGUGUCUAAAUUAGAGAAUAAAGAAAAGCGUAGUACCGGAUGUUCCUAUUUUGUUUACUGGGUUUAUGAGCAAUUAAAUAAAUUGUAUAGCAUUAAAUCUAAUUAUAGUUAUACAAAUCCUGCUAUGAAGGAACUCUAUAAGGUGGUGAACCGUAUUAAUAUGAAAGAAUUUAAGGAUAAAGGUUGUUAUGUUUAUUUUGAUUAUACUCUAGAUGAAUGGAACGAAUGGAAGCUUUUGCAUGAUUAUUUUAGGAAUUAUGAAUGCACUAUUGAUAGCAAAAAAGAUACUAAUUUGGAUACGUGCAAAAUAAAAUGUGAAAAUCUCAAUAAAAUUAAUGAGCUAUAUGCAAAAUACCUAGGUAAGUGCUGUACUUAUUUCAGUAAUGGUGAAUAUUCGAACGAAUGUCCUGAGUUCUUUAAAUGCGAUGAUAAGUAUAAUCCGUAUGAACUCUACGUACAUUUAUCAUGUGACCCUGAAGAUAUCCGUAAAAACUUUAUAAAAGUAGAGAAACCUGAAUUCAUUGAUUAUUAUGCUAAAGAUAUAACAGAGAAAUCGAAGGAACAAAGUUUAUUAAACAGAAGUAGUGUUACCCAUUCUGAGACCCCCAUGAUUGCAGAUGAUACGCCAAUAUUUGACCUUUUCUACACUUUUGUAUUGGCUGCUUUUGGCCUAUUGGGAGCGUCCCUGUUUUUUUUCGUUUUUUACAAAUUCACUCCACUAGGAUCCAGGAUGCAAGGAAAUCGAAGGCAUGUGCGUAUAAAUCAUUAUGAAGAAUUUGAACAGGAAAUGUUAGAUCAGAGAUUACGGUCGAGAAAUGUAAAUCCCCAGAAUAGGCGGGCACGUAUAGCUUACCAACCUGGAUGA